AUGCGACAACACAUCUGGGCAGGAUUAAUUAACGGAUUCAUCAUUGCAUCUAGGCAGCUCUUGCAUCUGGUAUUGGCUCACUUGUGCGUGGGUUUCAAGCACAGCGGCAAUGCAAACCCCAGCUUGUUUGCUGACAGUUGUGUCUUUGGCUCAAGUACAUGUACUUCGAAGCCUAAGAGGGGCUACGGCGGACUGCGAUCGGGUCCAGACUGGCACAUACGAGCCCAGUUGCCACCACCUCUUUUUUUCCUUCCCUUUCUCUCUUCUGCUCCCAAACCGCAUCAGGCAAUCAACUUGAUCAAAGCUUUCUGCAUUGAACUCAGGCGCCUUCUCCAUACAAAAGCUGCAAGAAAUCCGGUUCCUGGGCGCCUAAUGAGUUGUUGCAGUCCGAGUUUCUAA